GGUAAGAUCGCGCAAACGUUACGGGUUUGAUCUCGUUGUACUAGAAGUUCGUAAUACUAUUUCUUGCAAUAUUUAUAUCUUAAUGCAUUGAAUAUCACUGUAUAGAAGAUGAUACGCAUUACGCAAAUGCUUAUAUUCUUCGGAAUAAUAUGCUCAAUAUCUGUUAUUGGAAUUUCUUCUUCUACUCAUAAGAGUUUGUCUCAGACAUCGCAGUGUGUACAACCGAUAAAUUAUACCAUUUUNUUAAAAUUACAAAACACUACUCUAUUUGUCAAUUCCACUGUUGUACUACACGUGUCAUGCGUACAACAAUACAUAAGAUUACAAAUCGGACGUUAUUGUAACAUACAAAAAGUGCACGUAGCACCUGCAUUGCUUUAUAACUCUAUGUCACAGUGGGAAGUCAAUAUAUUACAGUCAAAUACUACCACAAAUCCAUUCACAAAUGUGGAUAUUAGUCUCACCAAACAAAGACACACAGGCUUUAGAGGCUUGUUGUUAAAAAAAGAAAACAUUAUAACAUCAGGACACUACGUGAUAAAUUCGAUAUAUAAUUGUAAUUUAGUAAAAAUUGCAAUGAGUUUGAAAUACAUGCAACAAAGUGACUCAACAAAAUUCCUGUUUUUAUCGCGUAUUCCUACUGAAUGGAUAUUUCCAUAUUGGGAAAAUUCAGCUACCAAGGCUAGAUUUACCAUUCGAAUUGAACAUACGAACACAGAUACAGCUCUAAUAAAUAUACCUGAAACGUUUGACAGUACGCUUUAUAAAGUAUUUUCUACCACAUCUUUAAUAUCCACGCAUUCGGUUGCAUUAAUUGUCAUACCAAAUGUAUAUAAGACAACUAUUUUAAGAAAAGAUAACGUUAUUAUUGAAAGCAUCCCUAAAGAUAGCACAUUCUAUGCACNAACUCUUAUGCUUGAUAUCAUCCGACUUCUCAGAAGCAUGUACAAUAUCAUACCACAAUCAUAUGUUCAUUACUUCCUACUUCCAAUAACCGUAAAUCAUUACGAAAAUAUAGUAAUUCCUAGGUUUGUUUUCUUGAGUGAAGUUAACAUUAUAUACGACAGAGACGUAGAUUCCAUUAUAAAAGAAAGAAAAGCAACAUGUUCAGUAGCACGUACUGUGAUACAAGAAAUGUUUAGUGAUUGGGUAGUUCCGUUUAGACAGUCUGAUCUUUGGUUUAUUGAAGGAUUUUCAACAGUAUACGGAGUUUAUAUCAGCGAUCAGUAUUACAAUACAUCUUUACUAAAGUCGAUUGUGGUCCAAACACGACGAAUAUUUUUCGAUUACGUAGAAGCAAUUACAAAAGAAUCUCCAUUUCGAGAAAAUUCACUCAUAUCACGCAAUUCAAUUCUUACUAAACUGUGGCGAGAAAAAGCAUUCAGUACUUUAUAUAUGCUGAAUACCGUUUUUGAACAAGAUGUCCUAUAUACUUCUCUAUUUCAAGAAGCCGUACACUUAUAUUAUAACACGAAGAAGACAUCAAAUAACACGUACACCAAAUUGUCACUUCUUGAUAAGUUAUGGAAUAGAAAUUUUGAGACGUAUUCUUUAUAUAAGAAUGUUUCAUACAUAAAAUCGUCAGAUAUCAAAAAUAUGAUAACUUCAUGGACAGCACAAAGUGGUUAUCCUGUGGUACAAGUAUUCCGACACGAUAAUACACUGUCACCAAUAAUUAUAGACUGUUUUGACGUUAAUUCCACUGUCAAAAUGCUGUGCAAACAAAAUUGGUGGAUACCUAUGACCUUUAAAAAAUUAAUUAACACACAAGUUUUUGCCACUCAUUAUCAUAUCCUAGAACCACACAGUAAAUGGUUUUUAUCGCUACUUCAUGAAAAUCAAAUUAACAUUGUCGUGGACCACUUAGGAUAUCGCGUAAACUAUGAUCGUCAGUCUUGGAAGGACAUUUCUCUUUUUCUUAAAACCGGAGGGUCUAAGAUCGCAGAAUUGUCUGACGUCACUUUAGCACAACUUCUCGACGAUGCUUUUUAUUUUUUGUUGCAAAAUACAGAGUAUAACAAAAAUUUUGUUCCAGAUAAUAUUGAUUUGGACAUAUAUCUUGAACUUGCAAGCAGUAUAUUUCAUGUAAACAAUUCCUAUACAGCGUGGUAUCCUGUACUUAUUGCCCUUGAAACCAUGUCGAAGAUUGUUCCGUUCCCAGAAAGUGUUCUUUCAAGAAAUAUCAAGAAUAAACUCCUGGAAAUAUUGAAUAAGUUUCUUGAUGACAUAUUAUAUACACAUUCUUCGAAAAAUAUUGCCAAUAAUCAAUUCUAUCAUGAAGUUUUAAAAUGGACAUGCAUCCUUGGUAGUUUAAAGUGCCAAGAACAUGUUAAUGGAAUAUUAAACUGGCAUUUUAAACAUCCUACACAAAACAAACUGUUGCCAAGUUGGCAGAAGUGGAUAUAUUGCCAAAAACUAAUGUUAGACACUGUCACUUAUGAAACGUCUGCUGUGUGGCAAGAUAUAGUCAAGAUAUACCAGACACAAGGAAAACUAGAACAGCUUUUCGAAUUCUUACCUUGUUUUAAACAGUAUAAGGAUCGGUUGGCCUUUCUCUCGUUUCUUCAUCAUAAUUCUUUACAAAUACGUGAAAGUAGUUUAAAUGCAGACAAUGAUGAUUUUUACAAAGAAAUUGUGCAUGAAAAGAAAAGUGUUACUGUUACUUUACUUUUUAAUAUUUUUGCUAUGCAUUCAAAAAAUAUGUCAGCGCUGGAAAUUAUACUAUUUGGACUAGAAAUUGGAAUAGGAAGAGACGUGAACAUAUUAGCAAUAAUAAAUUGUAUUAUUAAUAACAUAUAUUCAGACGACGGCCUAUCGAUGAUUACUAACGAACUAUUUUUAAAGAAAGUGCUGCAUAUGCAUCCCAUGGAAUCAUUUGUUCUCGAUGCCAUUAACAAAAAAGUUGAAAUUCGACGUAUGUUUCUGGUUGAAAUGGAAACUACGCUUUAUUGUGAGCCUCAGUUUAUUUUUAAUUACAAACGCUAUCGCGUAUUUUCGACCGCUGACUGCGAAUAAGUUUUCUUUUUAUGAUGGCUUACUUUUUGUAUUCGGGUUUUUUAUGACAGUUUACAUUUUGAAGACAAACACUUUUACUUGAAAAAUUCUAUUUAUUUGCUGUGUUUACAUCUUAUGUUUGCUUCUUUUAAUUAAGCUUUAUUUUAUAACACUAACUUAUUCUAAUAAUUAGUAAAAUUGAGUAAAAGUGAAAAUAUAGUUUUCGGAUUUUACUAUUAUAACAAUUCGCAUAUUAGUGAUAAAAUAAAGUCGACUUUUCAGUGGGAUACACUGGGAUUCAGUGGGAUAUUUUAUGUUAUACGAUGGUUACUACGUGUAUAUAUAAUAUAUAUAAAUAUAUGUAUAUGUAUAUAUACAGUAUAACAUCUUACACAUAAAUAGGAGUGUAUAAGUCUCACACAGAA